AUGUCUCUAAUUGGAGGUGAAAUUAAGCCGGAUACCAUGCAGGAUGUCUUUUCUGAUAAAUGUCAUCGUAUCAAUAUCGAAAAUUACGACAUUUACCACUUUGAUGAAUACACAAUCGAAGAUCGCAAGUACAGGUAUCGCCUCUCAAAUUCCAUGGAAUUGAUGACAAUUGUUUGCAAACUGGCCGGUCAGGAUCUCCUGCUUGUCAGCGUGUGCACUAACAAUGAUCACGAAGCACGACUUCGUGAAAUUCACGAGUACAUCAAACAGCGUGAAGCUUCAAAUCCACCCCAAGAUCCUAAACGUGCGUUGGAUAGUGUUAGAUAA